AUGCCCUGCCCCCCGCCGUACCCAGGGGGCCCCCAGGGGGGCCCCCCUAGUCCAGCAGGGGGGCCCCCAAGCGAGGCUGGGGGGCCCCCCGAGUGCAGCAGGGCGGACGAGCUGAAGCAGCUGGUGCGGCGGACGCAGCAGGAGGUGUGGCAGCAGCAGCAGCAGCAGCAGGAAACUCUGAAUGCGCUCAACGGGCACCUUUCCGAAGCAAAAUGUCUGCUGCAGCGGCUUGAUGCAGUGCAGCAGCAGCUGCAGCAGCGGGCAUGGCUGACGGGCUUCCAGCUGCGGGGGCCCCCCCUGGGGGGCCCCGAGCGGCCGCCGGCGCCAUGGGCACCGUUUGGGUCGCUUGCUGCUGCUGCUGCUGCUGCGGGCGCCGCCGCUGCAGCAGCAGCAGCAGCGCCCGGAGCAGCAGCAGCAGGCGCCGGCGACGUGCUGCGGCUCCGGGUGCAGCAGGAAGAUGAAGUUGCUGCUAUCAAGAUGUGCUACAGAGACCUCGAGGAGCAGCUGGAGGACAUGCAGCAGAGCCUGCACGCAAUAGCGAGGGCCAAAGAAGAAGCAGCUAAAAUACACGUAAACAAAACAGAAGCUACAGCGGAGACCAGCAGUAGCAGCAGCAGCAGCACAGCAAAGCAACACUGGGGGCUGCAGCAGAGAGGCACGCGUAUAUCAGCAAACACAGCAAGCAGCGCCUGCUGCUGCCACUGCUGCUGCUGCUGGCGUUGA